GUCAGCAGCGCGCGCGCGCACACACAUAGGCUGUUGUUGGUCAGCUGGGCGCAUCUGCUGUGGAUCGCUGCACUUGCUAGUACACAAGCCUCUUCAACCCAGGUUGCUAACUUGUGAAAUAAGGAAGGAUACGGAUACAAGGCAAGCCCAGGAGGCUGCAGGGGACUUUUCUGUGCGGGUUUAUUCGGAGUGAGGCGCUGCUGGUGUGGUUGCAGUUGCCUCUCCGCCUGAUUGGAAAUUGAUUCAGUCCGGUUCCUUCGCCCAUGGCUCCUACUGGCGCCUUCAGGCACCUGAGCCUGGCGCUGGGCGCAGCGGUGGCCGCCCUGGGCUCCCUCCUUUUCAUAGCCUGGAAGAUCUACUUCCGAGACGUCAACGACAGCUGCAUCGGCUGGAGGGGGCGAUGGGAGCAGCAGCUGGAAGAGGAGCUGGGGCGCAACGCACCCGGAGGCGAGGAGCCACCUUCCUGUGAGUAUCAGGUUUUGGUUCUUGGUUUGGAUGGGGCUGGAAAAAGCAGCAUUAUCCACUAUAUCUGCAGCACAGAAGCCAAGAUGCACAUAGCACCCACUCAGGGCUUCAACUCAGCACAACUACAGGCCAAUGGGCUCCAGAUGGACCUCCUGGAGGUUGGUGGCAGCCAGAAUCUUCGUUCGUACUGGAACCACUACCUCAGCAAAGCCCAUGUCCUAGUGUUUGUAGUGGACUCUGCAGAUGGCUUGCGCCUCCACACUGCCCGACAGGAGCUCCAUGGCCUGCUAGCAGAGGACCCUCAGUUGCCUCUGAUAGUUCUCGCUAACAAACAGGACAAGAGUGAUGCGCUGAGUGUGGCAGAAUUGCACGAGGAGCUGGCAUUGCACACCUUGAAGAAAAAUCAAAGGGAAUUCUUUCUCCUGCCCACAAGUGCUACUGAUGCUGGCCUGGCCACCAGAAACAGUGUUCUCCACCUGAAGCACCUGCUGAUCAAACUCCUGGCCCAGGUCUGAAGGUUCUUCAACACCUCCAGGAUAUUCAAGCCAGAUGGGGCCAACGGUGGCAUCAUUCCUCCUGGCUUCUUGAGAUCUUAUCCUCAGUGAAACAGGCUUUCCAGGUCCUCAAAAUAAUUUUGUAGGUGUCUACUAAACCCCCUUCUGGAAAGAAGCCUUACCGCCAAUAUGGCCAUCGAGACCUUGGCUAAAACAGGGGCAAAAUAUACUGACCGUGGGGAUAAUACAGUAGUCUUGGGGGUGGCUGCUGGCAUCUGCUGCUGAACAGUCCUAGGGAACUGCACUGUCAAUACUUGCACUAAGAACUACCAAUUUGUCUUCAAGACUCGACACACCAGAUCUAUAGGAAAAGUGCCCUGUGCAGGCUGGAAUACCUCAUCCCUCACUGGCCUUUUGGGAAGCUGGGGAUUGACUGUGUCCCUAUGAAAUACUAUUAAAUCCUCGCUGCAGUUAGUGGGUAGCAGGAUGUAGUGUCUCAAACUGUCACGAGGGCUAGUCUGAAAGUGGGUGUUAUAGGGGCAUCUCAGCAGAGCAUGUGCAAGCAGCUAUUCUGUUGAGGUGUCCCUGAUGGCUGUUAGGGCUUUAAAUGCUACUUAUUAGUGCAAUAAAAUCUAUCAUCUGAUAAGUAACUUGAUGGCUUAGCUGAUCCCUCUCAAACAUACUAGAUGCCCUUGAAUUACAGCCAUUUCCUUAGCAUGUUGGAACAAUUGUGCUUCUGAGGCACUAGCUCCUUGAGGCAUUUUUACAGCCAGUGUCCUUGCUUAACUUCCAAAGCCAAGUUAGCCCCCAGUGAAUUACUACCCUUAAUCCCUUUCUGAAGAAAGCAAGUGUUGUGAAUUUCAGUGAAAGGCUGCAGAAAGAACUGGGAAAUUUGAGGUGCCUAAUAUGAAUUGCUGUGCCCAGGUUAAUGAAGCUGCAAAUCCCUUUCUCAGGUUGGUGCUAUGUUUGAUCUCAGUCACUUGGCUCAGGACUCAUUCUUAUAUAAUCCAUAUUCCUCCUGAACUGGAAACUGUAGUGUCAGAUAGUGGUGGCUGGGACAUGCCAAAGGCCGGCCUCAUAGUUUGGGCUGCCCGUGAUGUGGAAGAAGUUGGUCUCAGACAAAAUGCCAAUCUUACCUCUAGAGAAAUGAAUAGUUUUACAUGUUCAGCCAGGCAGUCCUGCAGAGGAACCCUGUGCUUACAAGCACAGAGAACCCAGCCCUUGUGUGCUCUUUCUCAGUACACAUGCCAACUUCCUGUUCCCUUUAAUCACAGCGGGAAAACAGCAUUAUUGCUUGAGCUUGAGCUACACUCCUUUUGCAAAACCUGGCCACCUCUCCUGUACCAUCAAAGAUUAUGGGAAGCUUCGUUUGUGCCUGUGGCUCCUAGCCCUAAGUUCCUCUUGCCUGUAUGAAAUGGAUAAUUGGUGACCAACUGUUUACACUAUGACCCCCCCUCCUCACUGUAUCAAAUAAACCUUGAGUUGUUUGUCUCAGCUGUAAGGGAAUAUGGUUGUGUUUUCCAUGCAGCUAGAGGUAUCACAAGGCCAGCAGCAUCAUGUGUCAUUACUGUUAAGAAAGGCAGAACUCGAGGAGUGUUAAGGCCACUGCCAAUACAUGUAUAUAAUUACAUUUAAGCGCUCUCUCUCUCUCUCUCUCUCUCUCUCUCUCUCUCUCUCACACACACACACACACACACACACACACACACACACACACUGUGUGUGUAUUUUCAUAGGAGCCUUCCCAAGGUCAGCUUCCCUUUGUACUUGUGUAAUGUCAUCUCACGGGUGGACCUGCUGAUACACAAAAAUAGGACUUAAAAUACUACAGCUGCAAAACGUCAAGAAAGUGAGACACCUUUCCAUAGCAAGAGGCCAAUUUUUAAAGAAACUUUUUUUUAAAGAAAGGGAAAUAUUUUACUCUUCAUAAAAGAAUGCUUGAAAACAUACUGGCUUUUGAUUACAUUGGUUUACUACGACUUCUUGUUUCCAUAGCUGGAUGAUGCACCAAAAUUUCCUUAGGACAGUCUUCCCCACCUGUUCUCCAGAUGGUUUGGCAAAACUGCUUGUCACACAGCAAGAACAGGAAACAUCCUUUGGCUGUGCUUUGUUAUUGACUCGGGGCUUGGGAAAGAAGUUUAUUUCAACUAGGAUCUAUCCCAAAGCUAAGACGGUGCAAGCAGAAUGCAGCAAGGGCUCUCCAACAAUUAGAGGUCAGACAAAGUCCCAUCUACAUAAACACCUUCCCAUCUUCUCUCUUCAAAGGGCACAAUUACAGAAAAUCCAACAUUUCAGUCCCUAACCAGAAGUCACUUGAGGGCAAACAAGGAUCUGAAAUAAUAUAGGUGCAGCUGCUUCUGCCCAUUUCCUUGGCGAGUAAAAUCAUUGCUGUUCCAUCUUCUCUGGCUGCAGAGAGGCAACAAAGGUCUGGUAUUCCUCAGGGUAGAAGCGUUUAUAUACAUUGAUUUUCCUCUUUAUUUGCUUUGGUGUGUCCUGGUAAUAGUUCUUCUCAUCACGUGCCAUAGCCUAGGAGGCAAAGAGUAAAGUUGUAAUGAGCUACCUCAGCCUUAAGGAGGCCUUCCACACCCAGAAAGUAAGCAGUAUAUUGUACACUAGGAGUCAGCAAGUGGCUGUGCACAAAGCAAAUGGAAAAUUACAGCCACAGGAGUGCAGUCAGAAAAUGUAGACAGUGUUCAGCUCAGGGUACAGGAAAGCACUAUGGAUGAAAAGAGGAAGCAAACAGGGCAUUGAGCAUGCUCAGCAGUUUU